UCAGCACUACUGGAGGAAGACGUGCUCCUCAUCGGGAACGAGUCUGCCAACGACAGUGAUGGCUGGAACGAGACCGAAGUUCCCAUCAACAUCUCCAUCGUGACGGAGGCCAUCAAUGUCUCGGAAGAUCUUCUGGAAGAUGACAAUGAGUCCACGGAGCUGGAUGGCAACCUGUCAGAUGCGACCGAAGAGAACGUGUCGGAGGUGUCGAACAGCAGUGGCUUGGACCAGUUUAGGCCGCCCAAGCCCAAGCCGCGAGUCUGGAUGGGUCUUUUUCUGGUAUGUUACUUCCGCCUCUCAUUCGCGCUCCUGCGGUUGAAAGAUAUCAGUGCCUUCAAGGGAAAAGGCCUGGAUCCCUGCUCAUUCCCAAAACGUCUUCAGUGA